GUGUCUACGUGCCUUUCGCCUCGUACUACCUCUCCUCCAGCCUUCAUCAGCCGGGCUCACAGGAUGCUGCGCUAAGAGACAUCAAGGAACACCAGGCAACAACAGGUAUUUGUAAAGAUUUAGGCAAAAUGGUUGGAUUCUUCCAAAUGUUGAGAAAGAAAAAGGAGCUGAUCCCUCUGAUAGGGUGCAUAGCCUUUGCUGCAACGGGAGCCACGUCUGCUGCUCUCUAUUUCCUAUUUACUAAACCUGAUGUGAUUUUGAAUAAGACCAAAAACCCAGAGCCAUGGGAGAGACUGGACCCAUCAAAACCCCAAAAGCUCAUCACCAUCAAUCAGCAGUGGAAACCAGUGGAGGAGCUGGAGUAUGUGAAGAGUCUCACCAAGUAAAAGAAGGCGUGUGUCUGCUUGAAAGAUGUCCUCAUAUGUAACUACUGUACAGGUUCAAUAAAUUAUUAUUGGGAGUUCAA